CGUUGAAGGCAGAUCGCCUCAACAACGAGCCAAGCCUGCCCAACCUGGCCGUGUUGCUGAGAGACCCGCGCGUGCAAUGUCGCCUGUUCCAUGCUGCGUCGGCGCUGGGGUCGAGCGCCGCGGAUGAGAUUAUAUACUGAGCAGCAGUGCAUCUUCACCGACACCAUUGAUGCGCAGCUGUUUCGUCAGUAUUUGCCUCCAGACCGACGUCAGUUUCUCCACCAUCUCUCGCUUGUCCAGCAGCAGGGCUCGAGCUUGUGCUGCUUGCUCGGACCAAUUCGCACCAGCCUCUCGGCUACUCACCAUUACACUACUUCCCUCUUUAACAAUUUCCACUUCCUCUACACACCUCUCCCUCCCUUGGUGAUACAUUUGCAGGAGGAACAACCAUCGUGGAAAGAAUUUGAGCAGUAGUGGAACCGACCGGAACACACAAAGUGACACCUGCCUCCAAAACUCCCGAGGCCACGAGUUGCGUCCAGUCUUUACCAAAAACCGCCCUCACACCACAUCCGCAAUAUGGGCGACCAACCCCGCCGAGACGUGCACAACCAUGUGCUUUUCGAAGUGGCCACUGAGGUCGCCAACCGCGUCGGCGGUAUCUACAGUGUGCUCAAAUCGAAAGCACAAGUCACAACCGCAGAAUAUGGCUCGAGCUACACACUGCUUGGGCCGCUGAACCGCGCAUCCGCCGCCGUCGAGGUGGAAGAGAUCGAGCCGAGGGAUCCAGCACUGAUCGCUACGAUCAAGAACAUGAAUGAGAGAGGCAUCAAGACCAUGUACGGAAGGUGGUUGAUUGACGGCGCUCCUCGAGUGCUGCUCUUCGAUACCGGUACCGGAUACUACAAGCUCGAUGAGUGGAAGGGUGAUCUCUGGUCGACUGCUGGUAUUCCCAGUCCUCCAGAUGACCACGAAACGAACGAGGCAAUUGUAUUUGGUUACUUGAUUGCCUGGUUCUUGGGCGAGUACGUCUUCCACGAGAAGGAACGUGCCGUCAUCGCACAAUUCCACGAGUGGCUUGCAGGUGUCGCACUUCCUCUGUGCAAGAAGCGCAAGAUCGACGUAACGACCAUCUUCACCACUCACGCAACGCUCCUCGGCCGCUACCUCUGCGCUGGCUCUGUCGAUUUCUACAACAACUUGCAGUACUUCGACGUUGACGCCGAGGCCGGAAAGCGUGGUAUCUACCACCGAUACUGCAUAGAACGCGGUGCUGCCCAUUCGGCAGAUGUCUUCACCACCGUCAGCCAUAUCACUGCUUACGAGAGUGAGCAUCUGCUGAAGCGAAAGCCUGACGGCGUCCUGCCAAAUGGUCUCAACGUCAAGAAGUUCUCCGCUACCCACGAAUUCCAGAAUUUGCACCAAACCAACAAGGAUCGCAUUACAGACUUUGUCCGCGGCCAUUUCUAUGGACACAACGAUUUCGAUCCCGACAAGACCCUCUACUUCUUCACUGCUGGACGAUACGAGUACAGAAACAAAGGUGUUGACAUGUUCAUCGAAUCUCUGGCUCGUCUCAACCACCGCAUGAAGGCCGCUGGAUCAGACAUGACUGUGGUGGCGUUCAUGAUCUUCCCAGCACAGACACAGUCCCUCGCUGUUGAAGCUCUAAAGGGUCAAGCAGUCGUCAAGUCACUGAAGGAUACUCUUGGACACAUUGAGAAAGAGAUUGGCAAGAAGCUUUUCGAGAAGUCGAUCGCCUGGCAAGAUGGUCAAGAUCCGCCAGACGAGAAAGACCUGCUCAGUGCGCAAGACAAGAUCAUGCUUCGCAGGAGAUUGUUCGCCAUGAAGCGCCACACACUUCCACCGAUCGUUACACACAACUUGGUCAACGACAGCGAAGACCCCAUCCUUAACCAGAUGCGCCGCUGCCAGCUCUUCAACCACCCCUCCGAUCGCGUCAAGGUUGUCUUCCACCCCGAGUUCUUGAGCUCCGGAAACCCAGUUCUGCCGAUGGACUACGACGAUUUCGUCCGAGGCACACAUAUGGGUAUUUUCAGCUCAUACUACGAGCCGUGGGGUUACACGCCAGCCGAGUGUACAGUCAUGGGCGUGCCGUCGAUCACAACGAACCUGUCUGGAUUUGGUUGCUACAUGGAAGAGCUCAUCGAGAACGCCGCAGAUUACGGUAUCUAUAUCGUGGACCGCAGAAUGAAGGGUGUCGACGACAGCGUGAACCAGCUCACAGAAUUCAUGUACGAGUUCACGAAGAAGAGCAAGCGACAACGCAUCAACCAGCGAAACCGAACAGAACGCCUCAGCGAUCUGCUCGACUGGAAGAGAAUGGGCAUGGAAUAUGUCAAGGCAAGACAGCUUGCGCUAAGACGAGCAUACCCAGACAGCUUUGCAGAGGGCGAGGACGAGCCAGGAUUCUUCGAUGGUACAGAGAGCAUCAAGAUCACUCGACCACUGUCGGCGCCAGGCAGUCCUCGGGACCGCAGCGGCAUGAUGACGCCUGGUGACUUUGCCUCGAUACAAGAGGGUCGAGAAGGUCUCAGCACAGAAGACUACAUUGCGUGGAAGCUGCCGGAAGAGGAGGAGCCUGAGGACUAUCCAUUCCCACUCACCCUGAAGCAAAAGGCUGGCAGUGGUACUGCAACGCCGACGCUCAAUGGUAACGGUACCACACUACCUAUUCGCGAACCACCAGCAGCUGCUCAAUAGUAUUGAGGUGCUGACUUGAAGAUACUAGGCCUUUGAUGGCUCGUACAUAUUCGAGAAGUUGGGACCGGUGACAGGGACAUACAACGACAGCUGAAGAGCUUUGUGACCGGAAAUCUCUCCGCAAGGGAGGGGCGCAAUACAAGUUCGUUGCGUGGCCUGGUUUGGGUUCUUGAGGGCAGAGACAAGAAUGGAUAUAACUGAUGAUGGACGUGUUGAUGUGCUGCGCCAUAUUUUGUAGUAUUUGUAUCAUACCCGACAUGACCUGGAACUUUCGAGAAUCGACUUGCACGAGCA